CACACGGAGGUAAUGCUCAAGAUGCAAGCUUGAUUUCCAAAAUCUCAACACUUGGAGCAAAUUGGUAAGUCUGCAAUUUUGUCUAUUCUGGGAGCUGUGCAAAUGCAAUGCCUGUUGGAGCAGACACCAGUUGCAGGUAAUUGGGUAAUUACUUGGCAGGGCAGUAUUCAGCUGUAGGUAAUGGGGUAGAUAGGUCCCCUCCCCCUUUCCUUCCUUCCCUUUCUCCUUCCUGGCUGUGAGGCUGAAGCCCCAGGAGUAUGAGAUCUGUUAGGUGCUGGUUUUUCUCAAGACUAGUGGUUGGAGGAUUCCCACUACGGCUGUGCUGCUGGGAGGUAAAAAUGGCUGCUCCUACAGCAAAGGAAAGACAAGCAUGCUGGGAUGCUCGAGACGAAUACUGGCAGUGCUUGGAUGCUAAUAAUGAAGAUGCUUCAAAGUGUCAGAACUUGAGACAGAGUUUUAAAAACAACUGUCCACAACAAUGGAUGAAAUACUUUGAUAAAAGACGAGACUACUUGAAAUAUAAAGAAAAUCUCCAAGCUGGAAGCCUAACAGAAACCACAGAAAAAUCACAAGACCGAUAAAUGAAUCACAUUAAUAACUGAGACUUGAAAAUAUUUUAAUAUAAUUUUUUAUAAAGGAAAAUUUUCUAUGGACUAUAAAAUAUAUACCUGAGACACAAGCUCCAGCAUAUUUGUGUUAUAAAAUCACGCUGAUGAUUAAGUUACCUGUGUACUACCAUACAGGUAAUAUAAAGUAAAAGGCAUUUAGACAAUUGUGUUGUAGCAACAGACUUCCUUUUUGAUGCUGUCAUAAGUUAUAUCUGUGCCUAUAAUAAAAUUGGGCAUGUCUGUCACUAUAUAUUGUUUGAGUAGUUCCUAUGUAAUUUGUGACAUUACUUGAAAUUAUGGGGGUGGGGGUUGAAAUCACUUUGCUAUAUCGCCUCAAUUGGAGGUGUGAUUCUCAAAGCUAUGCUUUUUAGUUAACUCUAUUAUCCAAAGCUUCAAAAUCAACAGUUCUCUAUUUUUCACUCUGUAUUUUACCCUUGAAAGAAAACACAAGUAAAGCUGUCAAUAAACUUGGGUAAUUUUUUUGUA